AUGAGAAAUGAUGAUGAUUUAAAUUCCUUAAAUAAGUAUUAUCUAAAUGAAUUAAAAAAUAUUAGAAAUCAAAUUACUCAGUAUUUCAGAGUUAUUGUUAAAAAGUAUAUUAGUAGCAAAGCUGAAGAAAUGGAAGGAUUUCAUAGUGCAAAACCAUUACCAGUUCCUCCCAAACCAUCAGGAUUAAGUAAAACAGAUCCUCGAAAAAAGCCAUUACCACCAUCACCAGGUAAUAAAAAGAAUAUUGCUCCAAUUAAAAUUAAUGAUGUUAUUGAUCAGUUAGAAAGAAAUGUCAAUUUCUAUAUUAUCAAAUAUUUUAAUAAUCAAUAUAAAGAAGAAAUUAUGAAAGAUGAAGAAAACGUUCUCAAUUCAAUAGAAAAAGACUUUUCUGCAAAUUUAACAGAAGAAAAUUAUAAAACAAAAAUUAGUUCAGACAUUUCAUUUAUUAGAGAGGAAGUAGUUAAAUCAUUAAUGGAUUAA